UAUAUUAAAAGCUAGAUGAUGAUAUGAAGCCUUAAUUCAUAACAAGAAAGAAAGAAUAAGAAAAAGAAAAAUGGUUGAAGAAUAUGAUAGAUUGAAAGAGAUUAAAGCUUUUGAUGAGACUGAGGCUGGAGUGAAAGGCCUUGUUGAUGCUGGAAUUACUCAAAUUCCUCGUUUCUUUCACAAAUCGAUUUCUGAUGAUAUUCCUGUUUUGAAAGAUUCUCAAUUUAGCGUUCCAAUUAUAGAUCUUAAAGGUUUUAAUGAUCCAAUUAAGCGAAAAGAGAUCGUUGAUAGAGUGAGAGAAGCCUCAGAAAAUGGAGGGUUUUUUCAAAUUAUCAACCAUAGCAUUUCGAAAAGUGUUAUGGAAGAAAUGAAAGAAGGUGUUCGUCGGUUUCAUGAGCAAGAAACUGAGGUGAAGAAAGCGUUUUAUACAAGAGAUUAUAGUAAAGCAGUGAUGUAUAACACCAACAAUAGUUUGUAUACCUCUCCAUCUACUGAUUGGAGAGAUUCUUUUUCUUAUCGAAUGGCUCCCAAUACUCCAAACCCUAAAGAAUUGCCCCUUGUGUGUAGGGACAUACUUGUGGAGUAUUCGAAACAAGUAAUGAAAGUAGGAAUUUUUCUAUUCGAGUUGAUCUCUGAGGCUCUCGGGUUGAAUCCAAAUCACUUGUUUGACAUGGAUUGCACGGAGGGUCAUCUAGUUUUUUGCCAUUACUAUCCACCAUGUCCGCAACCAGAAUUAACUAUGGGGACAAACAAGCAUGCCGAUAUGGAUUUCCUCACCGUGCUACUUCAAGACGACAUUGGUGGUCUCCAAGUUCUCAACGACAAUAAAUGGAUUGAUGUUUCCCCUCAACCGGGAGCUCUAGUGGUAAACAUUGGAGAUCUUCUUCAGCUUAUAACGAACGAUAGAUUCAAAAGUGUUGAACACCGAGUUCUAGCUAGCCAUAUCGGUCCUAGAAUUUCUAUUGCAAGCUUCUUUGCCACAUGUGUAACUCCAACCUCGAAAAUGUAUGGACCUAUUAAGGAAUUGUUAUCGGAAAAUAAUCCUCCAAAGUAUAGACAAACCACAGUGCAAGAGUAUAUUUCUUAUUUUGGUAAAAAAUGCAUUGAUGGAACUAAGCCCUUGGAUCGUUUCAAGCUCACCAAAACAGAAUGAAGAAGGGUUGAGAGACUUUGUUUUUAUUACUAUAAAUAAUAAAUAAUGGAAUAAAUAAAAAUAUAAUUAUAUAUGUGUCAUGAAAUUAAAGUAUUAAAUAUUGAAUUGUAAACAUGAAUGUAGAAAUCAUGUAUAUUAAGUGGUUAUAAUUAUUCUAUUGUUGAUGAAAA